CUCAGUGUGUCCGCGGCUGCUCCAAAUGGAGAAGGCAGUUAUCAAAUUCCACCACUGUGACAAGGACAUUUACUGUUUUUUCGUCCCAGAGAACUGCCCCGUGUGCGGCGAAAGUCUGAGCUGCCGGCGGUUUGAAGAGGCACCGGUAAGCAUCCCUAGUCCCUUCGCGGGCGGACAGAGAGCCAAGUGCUCGUUCCUCGUCAAGCCCACGACAGGGGAAUUUCUCAGAGAGUAUGACGGAAGAUCAGAUCUUCACGUUGGAAUCACCAACACUAAAGGUGUAGUUUAUAACUACAAUGAGACUGGCAUCUGUAGAGAUGAGCUGGGGUGGGAUCAGUCUGUCAGUGUUCCCCUGGUCCAGCCUGACAUGUACAGUUUGAUAAAUCAGUGGGAUUGCUACCUGGAGCAGUUCUCUUCCGCAGAGAUGUGGCAUUCACAAAGAUACAAUGAAACAGAGCACAACUGCUAUACAUAUGCUCUCACAUUUAUCAACUGUGUGCUGGCCACACAGGGAAAGAGCAGCCUGAGCAAGACUGAAUUCACAGAAAAGUUUGUUCUUCCAAGAACCAAGAGAGCUUCCAGGUACAUCACCCUCUACCAGGAAAUUUCUGAAAACUAUUUUUACAUCGUGGAUGGUUCUCAGAAAGAAGGAGAUGACACCAGCUACGUCUGAACCUGCUUGACUCAGAGUGGUUCACUGAAAACAUAAAUGGCCUGAUUUGAAAAACAUUUGGCUAAUUGAAAGGUGAGGGAAAUUUUGUCCUUCAAUUUUGACACCAGGCCACCAGCUGCUCCAUCACACGUGCUUUAAGUGUUUUUUUUUCCCACAUCAGGAAUUUUAUGUUACUGUAUUUACAGUUUGUAAAAUGGUACAUGUAUAUGGAAUUAAUUAGUUUUUGAUGCCUUUUCUCUCUCUGAAGGCCAUUGCAAUAUUAGGAAUUUUACUGUAUAUAAAUUACAGGGCAAGAGGUGUGUGACUUGAUUGAGGUUUGAGUGCAUGUGAUGGAAUUUCUUCACAAUACUGUAAGAAGUAUGCAGAAUUCAGUUUAUUUUUCAAUGGUUCUGUGACACCAUUUGAUAACUGUGGUUUUCUGCUGAGCUUCAGAAACAUGUAGAAGUAAAAGGCUGGAUACUGCAGCUUCCAUUGUCAAGCAGAAAGAGCAGCUGAAAUGAAGACACAAUGCAGUUGUGCUAGGAUGCACAGAGAGCUCUGAGCCGGGUCACUUUUUAAUUUGUCAUUCAAAAAUGUUCAAACUGUUCAGAAUAAAAUCAUACAUGUACCUGGAUGGGAGACCUCCU